AUGAAUGGAGGCACACAACCCACGCAACAGGCAACACAAGCAACGCAGAAAUUUCUAAUAGAUAAAUUCUCCCAGGAACGAAUUGAUGAUAAUAUUGUUUGCAGAGUCAUUUGUACUUCUGGUCAAAUCCAGAUCCGAGAUCUAAGAGCUGACAUAGAUCAAGUAAUUAAAGAGAAGCAAUCCAUAAAAAAGGUUUGGAUUUUUGGUAGAAAUCCCAAAUGUGAUUAUCAUUUGGGAGACAUCAAUAGGCUAUCAAAUAAACAUUUUCAAUUGCUUUUAGGAGAAGACGGAAAUUUACUUAUCAAAGAUAUAUCAACAAAUGGAACAUGGUUGAACGGUGAAAAACUAGAAAAAAAUAGAAAUCAAAUAAUAUCACAAGGUGAUGAAAUAACUGUAGGUUUAGGUGUAGCAUCAGAUGUCCUUUCAUUAGUACUCUUCAUCAAUGAUAAAUUUGCAGAAAAUUUGAAAAACUACAAGAUGAAUAAAUCAAGAGCAAGUAUGGAUAAUGGUAUAGAAGCUGGAAGUUCAUCGAAAUUUCAAUCAUCAAAUAUUAAAAGUAUAAAACCGUUAGGUAUAUUCAAAGAUUUUACAAUUAAAGAUGAAGUUGUAGGACAAGGUGCCUUUGCAAUUGUUAAAAAAGCAGUAGAGAGAAGUACUGGUAAAACAUUUGCAGUUAAAAUUAUAAGCAAAAGAAAAGUAAUGGGGAACAUGGAUGGUGUUACGAGGGAGUUAGAAGUAUUGAGGAAAUUAGAUCAUCCAAGAAUAGUCAGAUUAAAAGGAUUUUAUGAAGACGAAGAAAGUUAUUAUCUGCUGAUGGAAUUUGUAUCAGGAGGAGAUUUAAUGGAUUUUGUCGCAGCCCAUGGAUCAGUUGGGGAGGAUGCAGGCAGGGAAAUCACUAGACAGAUUUUAGAAGCUGUGAAAUAUAUACAUUCCAAAUGCAUUAGUCAUAGGGAUCUAAAACCUGAUAACAUUUUAAUUGAACAAGAUGACCCCGUGUUGGUCAAAAUUACUGAUUUUGGUCUAGCCAAAGUACAAGGAAAUGGAACUUUUAUGAAAACAUUUUGCGGUACACUUGCAUAUGUUGCCCCUGAAAUCAUUAGUGGUAGCAAUAAUUUAGAAGAAAAUGAAGAAAGGAAUGAAUAUUCCUCGUUAGUUGAUAUGUGGUCGAUAGGCUGCCUUGUAUAUGUAAUUUUAACAGGUCAUUUACCAUUCAGUGGAUCUACUCAAGAACAGCUUUACAAACAGGUUAGAAAUGGUUCUUAUCAUGAAGGUCCUUUAAAGGAUUUCCGAAUCUCAGAUGAAGCUAGAAAUUUCAUUGACUCACUUUUACAGGUAAAUCCAAAUGAUAGACUCUCAGCAGAAAGGGCUUUACAACACCCCUGGAUUAAGAUGGGGUAUUUGAAUCAAUCAUAUAAUGGGAGCAAAACAGAUAGCCAAUUAUCACAGGUCUCAUUAUCACAGUCGUUAUCACAGCAAAAAAUAUUAGAAAGUAUGGAUGAUGCGCAGUAUGAAUUCAUGAGACAACAAAAGAAAUUACAAAUGCAAAAGAUCAAAGAAGAAGAAGAAAAAGAAGAAGAAGAAAAAGAAGAAGAAUUUUCCGCAAGUCAAUUCAAAGGAUUUAAAAUACCAACUAGAGCACCAGUUCAAUAUAUGCAACCUAGAGCCACAGAGUUUCAACAACAAAGGAGAAUUAAAAAGAAUAAUAACAAUCUAUUUUUGACGUUACAUCCUCUCGAGGAAAGUUCGAUUCAGGAAUCAAUUGAAAUAAAACAAGGUAUUAAUCCAUUUUUCAUUGGCAGAACUGACGAUUGUAACUGCAGAAUCGAGGAUAAUAGAUUAUCUAAAGUUCACUGCUUCCUUUUAAAAAAUAGACACAUCGUUGGUAAUAGCUUUUAUGAAUCACCUGCCCAAGGUUUAGAUGAUAUUUGGUAUUGUCACAGUGGUACUAACGUGAGUUACAUAAACAAUGUCAAAAUACAAGCCGGUUACAAGAGGUUAUUACAUGAUGGUGAUGAGAUAAAGAUCGUUUGGGACAAGAACCAUAACUUUGUAAUAGGAUUCAAAGUUGAAAUCAAUGAUACCGUAGGUCUAUUCAACGACGGUUCUAAACCAGAUAACGCUAAUGAUCUUCAAAUUGUUCCACAAAGGGCAGACGAGCAGAAUUUAGUGACGAGAUUAAUGCAGAUGAUGUCCAUGAAGAGGGCUAAUAACAGGCAAAUAUCUUCCCAACAAGAUGUUGGCUUACCACAACUACAACGAAACGAAAGUGAUCAUACGAACGACAGAGUUCAAGAUAUUGUCGCACCUUUGAGCACCGACGACCAGAAUCUUAUGGACCGUUUGCAUCAAGAACCUGAAUUUUUAUCUGAAUCUGUAACUCCAGUGAAACAAGUAGACGGUAAUACUAGUAACAGUAAUAAAUUGAGAAGAGUUCAUUCUGUUAGUUUAUCACAAUCACAAAACGACCCAAAUAAAAAGGUGAAAAGAGCCAAAUUGGAUCCAACUGAGAAAAAUGCUGAUAAUUUACAGUUCAUUUAA